CUGCAUCCUGUUUUUCAUAGCACAAGGCAGGUGAUCACCUGAACCACGUCAUACUCAGGUGCAUUCAAUUAAGAGGCAGAAGAUAAAGUAGUCCAUGGAGAAUGAGGGCAUGUUGAGUCAACUGGCAGAGGGUGCUUGUACUGAAUGGAUGCUGCCACUGCAUAAUGGUCCUCAGACGUUUGUUUCCCUGGCAACGUGGGGAGGGCAUGUGGAGAGGGAGGUAUAAAAACAUUGGCAGCUCCUCUCUGAGUCUUACUCUGAAGUAAAUGCGCUCACUGUCAACAAGGAGAGCUCGGAGAACUUGCCACACAUUUCUCUCCCUAUUUGUUACAUUUUUUCUUAGUUGACUUGAAGGCUCAGCUCCACAAGUAGCUGUUCAAGAAUGAUGCGACCGAGAGAUUUACGCCAGGGCUCUGGCACCAAAACCUUCUUAGAUGCGAUGCAUGGUGGCAAAGUUCACCUGGCACGUUUCAUCCUGGACGCCUUGGACGGACGCAUCAUCAACUCUAAGACAGAAAACAGCCGCACCCCGCUCAUGUACGCUGUCUGCCUGCAAGACCCAGGGACCAGGGCCAAGUUCACCCGUCUGCUGCUGGAGAAAGGGGCCGAUGUCAACUGCCAGGAUGAGGACGGUCGCACGGCUUUGAGCCAUGCCUGUGAGAUAGGUCACCUGGAUGUGGUUAAGCUCCUAGUGCAGUUCAAUGCUGACCCAGAUGUCUCUGAUGCCUGGGGUAACAGCGCUCUGAUGUAUGCUGCUUUUUCUGGGCACAGCCAGGUUCUGGAGUUCCUGGUCCGGGCUUUCAAAAGACUGGGACUGAGGCUGGACAGAACCAAUAAUGCUGGUCACUCAGCCAUCGAAGUGGCCAACUUCUUUGGACACAACCAGUGUGUGCAGAUUCUGAACUUUCCUUGUAGGAGGGGUGUUAGCACAGAUGAUCCACUUGCUGAUUCAGGUACCACUGGUGACGGAGAGUGCCGGCUGCCCAACAGGCUCCCCAGGCAUGUUCUGGAGAGGUUCUCCAUGCAGCUGAAAAACAACGAAGACCAACUGCCUGGGGUGUUUCAGAGACAAAUGAAGAUUGGAGACAGCGGUGGGCUGUGGAAUCGCUUCAGAUGUCCCAGGAGUCAAUCUCAAGAGGACAACCAUCACCACAGCUGGGCUCUGCCUCCUCAGAUAGAGAAAAGCCAGAUUGAGGGGGAUCACAGUGUUAUUUUCACUGCCAAACAACUGCAAAACUGCCAGCUUAAAGAGCUAAGAGGGGCUAAAACACUGAACUCUCUGCCUGAGCCAAGCCAGAAAGAUGUCAGUCGAGACACUGGACUCCAAGAGCAAACACCAGUAAGUUUUCCUCUCUGGGGAAAAGCAAAGUCAUUUAACCUGGACCUCCUGAGCAGCAGAAAGCAGUCCUAUCAGGGUGAUGUGCGUGACAUGAGCCUGUCAGCCAGCAAAUUAAAGAGAGCUUCGCUACAGGAUGAAAGAUGUCUGAUAGACAAGAUGGAAUGUCAAGGGAGCACCCGGGGCCUGACAAACAACGGUGACAAAACUGUCUCAAUGCCAAAACCUCUUUUAAAUAGCAAGAGUCAGCCCGUGAGGGCACUCGAGGAGAAUGUCAAUUCACAGAAAGAGGAAGCUAAUGACAUAGCUCCAUCUAGCAGAAGAGAGCAGCAGAAGAGGGGAAACUUUGGCCUGACUGCCAGACAAAAUAAGCUGCUGUUUGCCAGAGGGGAGAUGGAGUCCAGCAAGAUCCCAGGUCGCAUGCCGGGGUUCAUGGGUCUGGGGACCAGACUGCUGCGUCGAUUCACCGCACCAGAGUUCAUGAGGAUGGUGAUAGACUGUUCAUCAGGCUCCUCAAACAGCCGAGGGCGAAUGUCCCGCUCAGAAACCUUCCCCCUCUCUCACACACAUCAGCAAGUCAACAGCCAGCCGAGCGUUGACAGCAUCAGUGGAGUGAAGUGUGAGUUUGAAAGCUGCUCAUCUCAGUCCGCGCUUGAUUAGAAUAAAGACAAUGUCUAGCAACAGAAAUGGCUGGUGGGGAAAUUUUUAGAACACUUCAAAUUCUGACAGUGCAGCUUGAUUGCAUGACAACAUAUUCUACUUAUUAAGAGGAACAAUGAUGUUUUGCUUAUAUUGCAGUUGACUAUUUUCUUCGAUGUUUAUGCCAUAAAAAAAACAGACAGGGUUUGAAAGCUAAUUGUUCAGUUGCACACAAUUUUGCUAUUCUAAAUUUGAAAUUAUUUAUACAUUAACAUGAUAUCUGAAAAUAAUUAAAGCUUUAUAUCAUUUAGAUAUAAAUGUAUUUGAUAUUGCUUCUGUGUUUAUAAGAAAUAAUGUAUGUAUUUUGCUUUAAGAUAUUCAGUGACUGUGCACUGUAUGUUUCAUGCUGAAUACUUAAUAAAUACUUUGAA